AUUAACUCAAUAAAUAAAUAUUAAAAAACAUAUAUAUAAAUAAUUAAAUAAUAAAAUGGAUAACUGGGAAAAAGAUAAAGAAAAAAUUAUGAAUACUGCCAAAAAUGCCAAAGAAACUGUUACCUCUGGAAUUAAGAAUGCCAAAGAGAAUAUAGGAUCUGUUGCUUCCGGUAUUAAUGCUUCCAAAGAAAACAUCUCAUCAAAUCUCAAAGAUGCCAAGAGUACUCUCAAUGAUGCUAAAUCUAACCUUGGUUCUAACUAUCAAAACAUGAAGUCAAAUCUCAACAGCAAUAUAAAUGCACAAAGAGCCAUGCAAAAAUCCUCUGGUAACGGUUGGCUUUUGGGUAUCGCUGUUCUCUCUAUUGCUGGCUAUUUCGGUUGGAAGCAAUAUCAAAAGAAACAAGACCAAAAAUUACUUUGGAACAAUAAAAGACAACAAAAAGAUGUUAAAUAAAAUAAUAAAAUAAAACAAAAAAACUUUAUUAAUAAAUAUAAAAAAAACAAAAACAAAAAAAAUGGAUAAAUAAAGAAUAUAUUAAACUAAAUUUUGCAUUAAAAUUAACAUUUUAUAUUAU